AUGAAAUUCUUGAUCAUAUAUAUUGCAUUAUUUAUUCUUAAUUUUAAUAUACUUUCAGUUAAUGGAUGUAAAAGAUAUAGAGAAACCAGAAUAAAUAAAGUGUUUCAAAUAUUAGGGUCAAGUAGUCCCCCCAAGACAAUACAAGAUUUCAGUAAAUGUAUAGAUAACUCAUUAUAUUUAACUAAUGUCUUAAAUACAGCAAGAUGGAAACUUAUUAAGAAUCGAAAAGGUACAGGAUGGGAUGAAACUUUAAUACCACCAUUAAUGUUUUGUGUAAAAAUUAUUGAUACACCAAUGUCAUAUCCAAGUGAACAGUGUUCUUCUAAUUCUAUAGAAUUAAUAGUACAUGAUGGUAUAUCAACAGCUGAGUCAGGUAUAUCAUUAUCUAAAUUCACAAAUUUAUCUAAAGGUGAUGAGAAAUGUUUAUUUACAUCACCAUGUGACUUAUUAAAUAAAAUAUAUUGGGCUGAAUCGAGAUUUACUAAUGUAAUUAAUAAUUUGGAGUUUCGUAUAUUAGUACAUUUUCAAAGCCAAAGUCAAGGGCGUUUCAAUGUUAAAGCAAGUAUUCGUGGAGUUGCACGUGCUAUGAAACAUCAUAGAAGAUUUUGGGAUUAUGAUUAUGUACUAACACAAAAUUUUGAGGAAAUUCAAGCAGUAUCUUUAUAUAUACCCUAUAAAGUAAAACCUAAUCGUUUUGUUUCAGAUUUAUGUCUAGUAAAACCAUCUGUAACAAGUAAAUUUGAUAGUAAUAAAUCUUCACUUUGUAGUUAUGAGAAAUGUUUAUGGAAUACAUGGAUAGGUCAAUUAACAGGAGAAGGAGUAGGACUUCGUUGUGUUAUUGGAAAGGCUUCUGCUAAUGGAGAAUAUUUUGUUGGUUGGUAUUCACCACAAGUGUUAGGUAUAAAUACAAUGGGUUCAGCUCAAAUUUCUUUAAUAUGGGGUAAACCAUUAGUUCCAGAUGAUAUAUGUGAAGUUUCCAAUGAUUUAUUAAAUAAACUUCGAGCAGAAGAUAAGAAUAAUAAUACAAGUGAAGAAGUGAAUGAAUCUUAUAAAUCUCAUGAACAUUAUAUCUUUAGAGAUUAUAAUUCAAAAUCUAACUCAAAUUUAAAUAAACCCUCAAAUAAUGUUACUAAUAAAACAUCUAGUGUAACUACUGUUAGUACUGUACAGACUAGUACAGCAUUAAUUAGGAAAUCAAAACCUGAAAAUUCAAAUAUUAAAUCAAAUAAUGAAGUGUAUAUAAAGAAAGAAAGUUUAAAACUUAAUGAUACAAACAAAACUAUAAAUAUAACAAGCUUAUGUACAAAUAAUACUUGUGAACCUAUUUCUGCUUCAUUAUCGAAAGAUGUAUGUCCAUGUAAAAAUAUUGAAGAUAAAGAUGGCAAUAAUAGUAAUAAUAAUUUACAAACAAACAGAAGUAAUUUAGAGGAGUCAAAUGAGGCUAGUUGUGCAUGCUUAGAAGAAGGAGAAGUAGAUGUUGAUCUUGUUAUAGUUGAUAAUCAUCAAUUAGAUACUGUAGAUGAUUCAAAGACAGAAGAAAAAAAAACUAAGGAGAGUAUUUGUAGUAAUAUUCAAGGGUUAAAUGAUUUAGAUACAAUGACAAAGAAAUGGAUUUGUCUAAAAAAUAGUCGAUCCAAUUUGUUACAAUAA